CUCUGGGCGGUUGAUAAGAUAAGCAGCAUUAAAGAGAAACUUACUCUCUCCUCUUUAUGUGCAACUUUUUGACAGCAAUUUCACACAUAAUAGUUCAGUAGUGACCUGGGUUCGUGUGCAAUUUGUGCGGCAACAUUUUGGGACAGGGUGAAGGCAACAGGAGCAGGUGGAUGUCUGUGUGCCAGGAUAUACAGCUGUAGACGUAUGUGAGGAGCAGAGCACAUUAGUGAAGAUUGAAUGAAUCUACACGAGUUUUCUGUGAACUGGUCUGCUACUUACGUUCUAAGCUGUAGAAACGCCAUUUUUGGUUGCAGACAAAUAUCAGGUGAUAUCUAUAUUCACAGGUUCAGUAUCCCAAGAGACAACAGAUGGCGUAGAAUCUGUUCAUUGUCUCUGAAAAAAUUAAGCGAAGACAGUUUGACUAAACAGCCAGAAGAGGUCUUUGAUGUGUUGGAGAAACUUGGUGAAGGGUCCUAUGGCAGUGUAUUCAAAGCCAUACAUAAAGAAUCAGGCCAAGUGGUCGCUAUCAAGCAGGUCCCAGUGGAAUCGGACUUGCAGGAGAUUAUCAAAGAGAUUUCCAUCAUGCAGCAAUGUGACAGCCCUCAUGUGGUCAAGUAUUAUGGCAGUUAUUUUAAGAACACAGACCUAUGGAUAGUCAUGGAAUACUGUGGAGCUGGUUCAGUAUCAGAUCUCAUUCGAAUAAGGAAUAAAACGUUAACAGAGGACGAGAUCGCCACAAUUUUACAGUCCACACUAAAAGGACUGGAGUAUCUACACUUCAUGAGAAAAAUCCACAGGGAUAUCAAAGCUGGAAACAUCUUACUCAAUAAUGAAGGCCAUGCCAAACUGGCUGAUUUUGGAGUUGCUGGUCAGCUUACUGAUACAAUGGCCAAAAGGAACACGGUGAUUGGAACCCCAUUCUGGAUGGCACCUGAAGUGAUCCAAGAAAUUGGUUAUAACUGUGUUGCAGACAUCUGGUCUUUAGGGAUUUCGGCAAUAGAAAUGGCAGAAGGAAAACCGCCAUACGCCGACAUUCAUCCAAUGAGGGCUAUUUUCAUGAUUCCCACAAACCCACCGCCAACAUUCCGGAAACCAGAACUCUGGACAGACGAAUUUACAGAUUUUGUAAAGCAGUGUUUAGUUAAAAAUCCAGAGCAAAGGGCUGCUGCGACACAGCUCCUGCAGCAUCCCUUCAUUAAAAGUGCCAAACCUGUGUCAAUACUGCGGGAUCUGAUCAAUGACAUGAUGGAAAUUAAACUCAAACGUCAGGAAGAGCAACAACGAGACUUGGAUCAGGACGAUGAGGAGAACUCGGAAGAGGAUGAUAUUGACUCGGGCACCAUGGUCCGAGCAAGUGCAGAUGAUACUGGGACCAUGAGAGCGGCCAGCACGAUGAGUGAAGGUGCACGGACAAUGAUCGAGCAUGAUAGCUCAACACUGGACUCUCAGAUGGGGACCAUGGUGAUCAACAGCGGAGAGGACGAAGAGGAUGGAACAAUGAAAAGAAAUGAGGAGACUGUGCAGCAAAGCAAACCAUCCUUCCUGGAGUAUUUUGAACAGAAGGAGAAAGAAAACCCAGCAACCAGUCACAGUAAUCGAAACGCACUUCAGAAUUCCUCUGAUAACUGGAAGGUGCCGCAGGAUGGGGACUUUGAAUUCUUGAAGAGCUGGAGUGUCGAAGAGCUACAGAGAAGACUCAGCUCACUGGAUCCCACGAUGGAGCAGGAGAUUGAAGAGAUUCGCCAGCGCUACCAGGCCAAAAGACAACCGAUCCUGGAUGCCAUCGAUGCCAAGAAACGACGGCAGCAGAACUUCUGAGAAACCAAGAGUUCCCACCACCAGGAUGAUGUGCUGAGCUCACCUUCGUAAGCGCUCAAAACUCUGAGGAAAAGCUAUUUGCAGACCACAUACGUACAUUCUCUUUGUCAAACACAUUCUGUCUGUCUAUCUCCUCUCUCUCUCUCUCUCUCUCGCACACACGCACGCGCACACACACACGCGUGCACACACACACACCCUCCUUCAUACACAUUGUCUCUCUGUCUCUUUCCCUGUUCGUCUCUGACUGUCUCACACGCAGGCAGUCUUUGCACACACUUACUCUUCUCUCUCACACACACACGUGCAUGCAUAUUUCUCUCCCACACACAAACACACACAUUCCAUAGACUCACUCUCACAUACACAGAGAUUCAUACUGUCAAACUCUCAACCACCCCCCAAAAAAUAGACUUGUACAACCAGACUUUUAUCACCCAGACAAGAAAUCAAAGUUCUUACGCUGUGGAUUGUUGUGGCAGCUUGCCCUUUAACUUCAGGAUUAUAGGUUAAAUCUGUCACCAGGAUGAACAAUGUUUUUUGUUUAUUUUUUAAAAAACUAUUUUUCUAGAAUUUCUUCACGCAGAAAUUAUCUUCACUCUGGAAAACUUUCAGCUUUAUAUUUAAUACAGAAACAAAGGAGUCCUCAGAUUACUGGCUUCGCAAUUAUCGGUAAAACAGCUGUAUUUCAGAGUGUCAGCAUCAACUUUCCAUCCUUGACCUCUUUGAUCAACUAAACAAAACCUGGCUUUGCUCAACAGAAAAGACUGACAAAUCUAGGCCAUGGAAUGGAAUAAAGUAAGGAAUUUCUGAAGGAGAGAGAAGCCAACUGAGCAAGAAGUGUCUCCUUCAGUCUCUCCUCUCAUUGGUUUCUUGGUGUGUCUGUAGUGGUCUUUGUAACAGCGUUGCAUAAAAAUGGCCACUCCCAGAAGUGACUUAUUAACACUGACUUAAUUUUGGUUCUCCAGCUUUUGACAGUCAUCAGUAAAGGUGUCCAGUGAAGGUGAACAAAUCCACCCCCCCACUCCAAGUAUCCAGCGUUUCGAAAGAUGGAACCUGCAUUUAUGUAGCACCUUUAGCUGUCUCAGGAUCUCCCAAAGUUUUGCAGCCAAUGAAGUACUUUUAAGUGUAGUUACUGUUACAAUGUAAGGAACAUGGCAACAAUUAGUGCACAGCAAGUAACAAUGAAAUAGUGACCAGAUCAUCCCUCAGCAACAAUGUUAGAUGUGGAAUGAAUAUUGACUAGGAUACCUCCCUUUCUCCUCUUCAAGAUAGCACCAUGCAAACUUUUACAUUGAGCCGUGUGUGCAAGAGUAGAGGGGACUUUUUAAUGUCUCACCUGAAUGACAGUUCUGACAGUGCGGCACUCCCUCGGCACAGUCAGUCUAGAGUUCGUGCUCAUGUCUAGAGUGAGUCUGGAAGCCACCAGCAUCCAACAUAAAGGUGGGAGUGCUACCAAAUGUGUUACAGCUGGUAUUUUAUUUCCCAGCAUCAGAGGACUGGCAUCAUCUUCACAUUAACCUUUUGAGUGCUGAGUAUUAUUUGCAUCUUGAAAGAUGCCCACAUCAUCACUCUUGCUAAUGGUGUCACGCUUUAUAAAGUAGCAUUGCUGGCUACACUGCUGUGAGCCCUCAGUAUUGACCAUUAGUUGUCAAUAGUAACCCAUUUUGUAGUUAUAGAGUCAUAGAAUUGUACAGCAUGUUAACAGACUCUUCGGUCCAACUCAUCCAUGCCGACCAGACAUCCCAAUCUGAUCUAGUGCCAUUUGGCCCAUAUCCCUCUAAAUGCUUCCUAUUCCUGUACCCAUCCACAUGCCUUUUAAAUGUUGUAAUUGUACCCGCCUUCACCACCUCCUCUGGCAGCUGGUUCCAUGCAUGCACCACCCUCUGUGUGAAAAAAGGUUACCCCUUAGGUCCUUUUUAAAUCUUUCCCCUCUCACCUUAAACCUAAGCCCUCUAGUUUUGGGCUCCCCUACCCUGGGGAGAAAGCAAGACCUUGCUUAUUCACCCUAUCCAUGCCCCUCGUGAUUUUAUAAACCUCUAUAGAAGUCAUCCCUCAGUCUCUCCCUAUAGCUCAAAGCUUCCAACCCCAGCAACAUCCUUUUAAAUCUUUUCUGAACCCUUUCAAGUUUCACAACGUCUUUGCUAUAGCAGGGAGACCAGAACUGAGUGCAGUAUUCCACUUGAGAUGGUACUUCAACAUUCCCAGCCAUUAGUUAUUCAACGCUGUAAUAGCACAAACACAGUGAGGCAUACUCUUAUAAAUGCUGAGUGGUGAAUAUUCACAGAAGAAGAUUGAAGAUAAAGGUUGAUUAAGGAAAGUGAAAGUGGGCUGACCCAGGGAAACAUAGGGUUGCUCUCUCGCUGGAGAGAGGCAACUGGUGGUGAGUUUAACGUGAAGGCCACCACUCUUCAGGUGGAGAGCCUUCUUGUCCUCAUGGUGACCUUCGCUAGUACCUGGGUGUUGGUGUCUCUGCAUCACAAACCAGCCCUUUAGAAAUGCAUGCCAGUAUCAACCUAUCUUUCUCCGUUGCUAAGUGUUUUGUCCAAAUGUUGAUGUCAGUUUUUAAGCAUCUGAUUUCCUUUCAUACCACAAACAUUUACUUAAAUUGACCACUAAUCUAGUUGGUGGAAUGGAGCUUUCCCAAGCACAUUGUUUGAUUGUAGAAAUACAAAGAUAACAACCCAUUUUAUAUUUUUCUAAAAUGUCUCCAAAUUCGAAUUAAACAUUAGCAUUUUUAAGUAAAUGUGGUUUACGUGAUCGCAUGGAUUUUUGUCAAGCACAAUUCAUGUUUCAGUCUGACGAGAUCUUUUUAUCAAUUGGGACUCAAUUAUGCCAGGGAGAGCUGCAAGAUUCCAAGUUUUUAUAACAUUCACAAGGUAUAAUCAAGAUAGGUGUAUCUAAGUUGCAGCCAAUGUCAUUUGUAUGUGUGUGUGUGAGAUCCUGUUAUGCUGCUCUUUGGUUUCAAAGUUAUGACUUAUAAGCAAUGUACUCUCCUUUAUUGAAUGAUACCCUCAUGGUUUAAAAAAUUUACCAUUACUGAUUAUGGUUUCUGCUUGUAGAACGUGACUCAGUGGCUCUGUAUCACUUCUUCACCUGAUGUGAACUAUACACCAGAGAUGUCCUGAACUUCAAACCCAAUCUACUACAUGUGCCAAGGUGUUGGCAGGGCUACAUUGCUUGUAUUCUAGUCUGAGUCUCUUAUUUCCUGUCCAGUGAUCACUGUUGCAGAAUGCACCAUAGACAUCAUGUGAGAAUGCAGUAGUUUGGCCUUUGGCUUGUUAUGAUGCCUUUCAUGGCCCAGUCGUUUAUUGGCACUGGCUGCCUAUUAAUAAUGGAACUGAUCAACAUUGUAUUAGGAGCAACAUCAAACAACACAAGUUUAUUUGAGCAAUUAACUGGAUAUAAUGACUGCAAAUAUGCCCUAAAAGAAUGCUACCUGGUUAAUUGGGAUUCAUCCUAGAAUAUGUCCGCAGUUGUUUUAUAGUAUAAUAAAUUGUCACUGAGGAUUCGGAGCACCAUUAUAAUGCUGAAUUUAGGACAUUAUCCAAUUAAUUUUGUACUGUCAUAGUGCUGUUUUCAAAAUGUUGGACAAGUGCUUAUCACGAAACAAUGGUAUGUACAAUUAUAAUCAAACAUCAGUAUUUUAUGGCACUGUUCAACAGAUUAGUCAGCUGGCCUGUUUUUCUCUCCAGUCUAAUCCAAACCUACUCUUUGCUUUCCAUACCCUGUAAUAUACUACUGAUCUGUGCAUGAUAAAAUGAGAGUCUCUCAUUACUACCACAGCUAGGAUCUUUACUCUCAAUCCCAGAGAAUGCAGCUGACUGCAGCAUACUCUGCAUAAAACAAAGGCAUCUUUGGCUUUUGAAUGUGCUAUACAAAUGCAGGAUGGUGUUGAAUAGCAUGUUUGAGACUCUCAGACUUUACCUGACCAUUGCUCAGUUGGGAUGAUGUAACAGAGAGUGGUACAACCCAACAGGAGGAGGCUGUUUACACCUUCGAACCUCUCCAGCAUUCAGGUGCGUCAUGGUUGAUCUGUAUCGAUCCACUUUGGUUUCAUAAACCUAAAUGCCAUUACCAAACAAAAUUCUGUCAAUCUCAAUUUUAACCAUUACUAUUGAUGCCUAACUUCAACAGCUUUUUAGGGGUGAGAGUUUCCAAUUUCCACAAUCCCUUGUGUGAAGAAGUGCUUCUUGACAUUGCCACUGAGCUGACCUGGCUCUCGUUUAAGGUUCUACCCCCUUUUAGACUCUCCUCCCCCCGCCACCUCACAUUUUAGACUCUUCUCACCCGCCACUCUGCCCUCAGAUGAAAUCAUUUCUCUCUGACUCCCCUGUUGGAUUCUUUAGUCACCUUAGUGCGCCACAAUUGGAUUAUUUUAAUUGACUGCAUAUUGCUGCCGUUCAAAUCCAUUUGAAGGGUUUCAGAAGAACAGAAGGUGUAACUGUAAAUCUGACAAAAUGAGCUAAAGGACCUUGAUCCUCCUACAGGAAGACCUUUGACGUUACCUUUUGAAACUGCACUGUGAAGACCUCGUGUGCAUAAACCAGUUGGGCUGCACCUGGACAAAGUCAUAUUCCCACGUCCAGCUGUAGUGCCCAGUUAAGGUCAUGUAGUUCCACAGCUAGGCCUCCCUGCUGCUGCCUGUAGUGUUAUAAGAUGAUGACAUGAAGGAUUCAAAUCUCAAACCAUUCGAUUUAUUUAAUAUCGUUCCCUAAGUUUUGGAAAUCCAUUUUCAAAGCAUGACUUAAAGAUGCACCAAAUGUUUACUGAACAUUUCAAUAAUUCAAUUUUUUAACUCUGCCUCAAAUUUGAUUCCGAAAUCGAUCAGUAAUAUGAGAAAAUUGAAUUUGAUACAUUUUUAAGUGAAUGGUUCUUCUUUUAGUCGCAUCUGCACAAGAUGAUCUAUGCAAUAUAUAUAAAAAAAAAGAAACGGUGUGUCUUUUCAAAGAUGUACUGGACUCCAAUAAAUCUCUUGGGUUUAUUGAGCUCGAUUAAGUGAAUACAGAUCUCAUUUCACACCUUCCGAAGGCUUUUAGUUUUGAGCCAGCACAGAGUGGUUUUUGGGCAAAUGGAGUUGGAAGCAGACUUUCCUCCCAGCCUCGUCAUAGAAAUGGCAUUUUCGUCUUUAUUAAGUUUGUCAGCUAGCAUGGUAUAAGUGGGUAACAGCAAGAUGCUGGAUCACUAGCUUUUUUUUUGGCCAUUUAGUUAAUAGAUCCAUGGAGACAAUAUGUCAGAAGGAGACUGUUUCGUCCUCCACUCUAUUUCCCUGCUCCAUUCUUGUAGCCCUGCAAGUUAUUUCCCUCUGAUGAUUAUCCCUCCAACUUUUGUACAAAUAAAUUCUUCCUCGAAUUUCCCUGAGGAUCCUGCCCCCAAAAUGCUAACUCUUUGACCGAAAUCCAGCUGUCAAUGUUGAUAGGAUCAGUUUUUCUUUACCUUGUCCAAUCUGUCAGCUCUAAGAGGUCUCCCCCCAAUCUCCUUUGUUUGAAGGAAAGCAAUCUCCAACCUAACCUUGUCGCUAAAACCACUCAUCCCUGGAACCAUUCUGUUAAAUCCCCUCCGCGCGCUCUCAAUGUUAAUGGUCAUUAACACAGACUAAAGGCAGCCUGCUGAUCACAGGUUUAAGACAUGAAGGCGGUUUGCACCUGAUAAUUCUGAAUUGCUCAAUGUGUUAAAAAAGAUUAUCAUAAUUUGAAUUAGAUAAUGCAGCCAGCACACCAGAGGUCAGAAUUUAGUGCUUUAAAGAUUUUUCUGAAAUAAUUUGAAUUAUACAACUUAAACCAAGAGGAGGAAAGUGCAUGUCUCCUAUUUCAAGCAACGUUCUGUUACUGUCUCCAGGAUAGUCAUAAGACAUAAGCUUACAGGUUGAAAAAUUACCCCCUCUUAUCAUUGGUCUUAAACUUUCAUCUCUGUUUUGUUAAUAGUGCGUGUGAUUGUUAUUUCUCUUAAUUUGUCUGCUUUGUGACUUCAAACUGCAAUCCGGGUCCAAUAACCUCUGCUCUCUCCUUGUAUCUUUACCAUGCUGAGCUUGUAUUUUUGCUCUUAUUCGUUUGUUUACUCCUUAGGUUCACAAAACUGGAAUUUCUUGAUUCUUUGUGUGUCCUGCAUGCUACAUUAAAAAAAAACUAAGCUUUACUUCAAGCUAUUGAAAACAUGUUACCAAGAACUCCUGCAUCAUCAGAGGUCUAAAACAGAAAUUGCUGGAUAAGCUCAGCAGGUCUGGCAGCAUCUGUGGGGAGAAAUCAGAGUUAACGGGAAGGGUCGUUCAACCCUUUCUUUUGUUUUUGUUUCUGAUUUAUAGCAACUGCAGUUUUUUUUAUCAUCAGAGAUCUAAUUGCACCAUGGUUAGAGUGGGAUAGCCCAAUCAUUCAGUCCCAACAAGCAAAAUACUGCAGAUGCUGGAAAUCUGACUUAAAGGCAGAAAUGCUUAAACUACCCAGGUCAUGCAACAUUCCUGGGAAGCAUGAUAUAAUGUUUGCAUUGGAAUGUUAUAUUGACGCUAUAUUGUCCAGACUUAAAGCUAUAGUGCUGUCCCUUCACUAUUACUGGAGCAGACUCCUGCAAAAGCUAACAGUGUUGUGGGAGCACUUUCAUCAAGCAUACUGCAGCAGUUCAAUAAGGCACCCUAUCGCUGCCUCUCGAGGCAAGUUAGGGAUGGGGCAAUAGGUUCAUCUCAGCUCUAGGAUGACAAAGCAUGUGAUGGCAGAUAAUUUUAAGCAGAUUUUUGCUGGGCUGAGUUGGAACUGUUAGGAAAACUGCUUUAGUUGAGUCCAGGCAUUGCACCCUCUAAAGAGGAGGCAGGUCGCGUUUGUCACCAUGUCCUAACAACUUGCAUUUGUGUAACCCCUUUCCCAGGACAGCCUGAGGAGCUUCACUUCAACACAUGCUGGCCAGCCAAUGAAGCCCACAUCCCACAAAUCAGUGAGAAAAAAAACCUCAAACAUUAGCUUACUGAAUUUGCCAUUGGGCCUUGACAGGAGAUAGGAUGAGAGAUGGCCAAAGGCUUGGUUAACAGAGGUAGGUUGAGAGGAAUGUCUUAAAAGAUAUCUGAGUGGGAAUUCCAGGGUUUCAUAGUAGAAAACAUGAGCAGUGAUGCUUACACUCCCACAUUGGUGUGUGGGGUGCUUAAAAUAACCAAGGGAAAGAUGCUUUGAAUAUACAGUCUGCCCGUGCCAAAAGGCAUAAGUAUUUUGGUCUCAUUUUAAUCUGUUGAUCCCUUUAAAAUGUCAGUGGUGACUCAUUUUUCUUGUGCGUUGUCUGCAACGUGGAGGUAUAAUGCCGUCUAUGUCUCAAAAGUGUUGCAAACUCUGCUGUUUUCAUGGAGUUAGGGUUGGUAAGAAAGGAAGAAAAACCAAAUUAAGCUCAAAUUUGGACCAUUUGAAAUUCCAUUUGUCCAAAUCAAUGAGACUUCACCAUUCUGUUUUCAAUUAAAUCUGUGGUACAAAUCCUGUGUUACUGUAUUUUCUUUUAUAAAAGCACUGAGGUGGAAAACAUUAAUAUUUUGAAUUUCCAAUUUAACAAUUCAAACUGGGAUUCUAAUUUUCUCAGCAGGUUCUGAUGAGUUCUGGAACUGAGAUUGAAGCUGUCAGUUUUCUUCCAUUUGCAUAUAUGAUACAAAAUGGUCAAUUUAGAUGUGUAUGUUUGUGGAGCGAAACAAAGUUUGUAAAUUUUGCUUUUUUAAAAAAGUUCUGUUUAAUGUUAUGUGGCACUGUUCUGUAAACUUUGUCUUGCUGUAUUUGAAUAAUGUCAGUUAAAUAAAAGAAAUGGAAAAUA